UCAUUAAGGCAAACAAAGCUAGGUACCUUUUUGGCUGUAUUUUAAUUGGAAUUAUUCCAAGGUGCAAACGUCUCAUAUUUACAGAUGAUUACUCGGUGUUGGCUCGGAUGUUAGUGGAUAUUGGUGGACUCUCACACAAGCCGUGGACACUCGCCUUGGCAUGCAGAUUUAAACCGUUACCUGCAGUCGAUGUCGGUUUCUAUGCAACCAGCGUAUCGCUUCACCCCACUUUCACAAGCGAUUCUUUAUCGAUGUUGUCCUUGCAUUUGCCGGAACAAUUGCUUCAGUAGAAAAGAAACUUGUGGACGGAGUUGUUAUUCACCUCAAGAAAUCCCUGUAGAAGCUUCAGCCGAAAUGGGUCGUAAGGAGGCCACCAGCGAAUGGAAGAAGAGCACCAACAACAUCCGGGAGGUGUUCGAGUUCGUGGAGGUGCUAGGAUCGGGGGCGUUCUCGGAGGUGUACCUGGUGAAGGAGAGGAAAACAGGAAACGACUUCGCCAUGAAGUGCGUGAAGAAGAAACAGAAGAAGAACAACAUCCUGGAGAACGAGAUCGCAGUGCUGAGGAGGAUUCAGCACGAGAACGUGGUGAGGCUGGAGCAGUUCUAUGAGAGCCGGACACAUUACUACCUGGUCAUGGAGCUCGUUUCUGGGGGCGAGCUCUUCGACCGCAUCCUGGACCGCGGGGUGUACACGGAGAAGGACGCCAGCCUGGUGAUCCGGCAGGUGCUGAACGCCGUCAGUUACCUCCACAACAACGGCAUCGUGCACCGCGACCUCAAGCCUGAGAACCUCCUCUACUACACCCAGCACGAGAACUCCAAAAUCAUGAUCAGCGACUUCGGGCUCUCCAAGAUGGAGGACAAUGGCAUCAUGAGAACUGCCUGCGGAACCCCUGGAUAUGUAGCUCCUGAGGUGCUUGCUCAGAAACCGUACAGCAAGGCAGUGGACUGCUGGUCUAUCGGAGUCAUCACCUACAUCCUACUCUGUGGAUACCCUCCUUUCUAUGAAGAGACAGAGACACGCCUCUUCUCUAAGAUCAUGAGGGCGCAGUACGAGUUUGACUCUCCUUUCUGGGACGACAUCUCUGAGUCUGCAAAAGACUUCAUCCGCAACAUGCUGGAGAAGAACCCCAAAAAGCGCUACACCUGUGAGCAGGCCAUCCGUCACCCGUGGAUCAUCGGAGAGACUGCACGCAGCCAGGACAUCUACCACUCUGUCAGCAUGCAGAUCCAGAAGAACUUCGCCAAGUCCAAGUGGAAACAAGCCUUCAAUGCGACUGUGGCCAUAAACCACAUGAAGAAGCUACAGCUGGCACACUCGGAGAUGCUCGCCAAACAGACCCAGGGACCCGUCCCCGACAUCAAGGUCGUUGACCUUUCCUCCCCCGGCCCGUCCCGCCAGAACCUGGCCCCGGAGAACCUGGAACCCAACGGCAACCAGCCCGACGGUCACAUGACGCUGCCGUCCAAUCCGAACGAGCCCAAGAGCCACUACUACCCCGCGCGGCCCAAUCACAGCGAGCUGGCGCACGCUGACGGCUGCCACGGCCUCACCUUGGUGGAGAAGGGCAAACACGCCUACCACUCUGAGCCUGCCAACCUGAACGGGACAGCCAAACAGUACGGCACCAUGUUCAGAGGCUCCAAUGGAAAUGUGCGUCCUCUGCAGACUGGCGUGUGCUCUGUCAUGUGACUGACUGGAACAGCAACACAGGGACAAUAAACACAGGUCUGACAGGUCUGGUUUUUCUGCUGAGCUCCUGGCUGAGUGUGAAUCAGCAGUUUGUGUGGACGGGCCCAUGACACUGACUGAAUGGGAGCUUUGGGGUAGCCAUUACUGCAACAUCCCUAAAUCUGGAGGAAUUCAGAAGAGCACCUAGACACACACACACUCACACACACACACACUCAUACACUCUCUGCGCUCACACACUCACACGCUGACACACUCACACACUCACACACACACACACACACACACACACAUCUGCACACAUUUAAAUACACUACAUCCUAAUUGUUCAGAAUCCUUGUACGGAACUUCCACUUGCUCCGGAGGUCCAGGGCCACUCUAUACGAAUGUAUAUACCAUAUGUCUGCAUAAAGAAGCACUGUAAUCCCUAAGAAGGCUGUAUUUAAGCCUCAGUAUUAAACUUGCAGAAACUGAAGAGGUAUUACAGUAGUGUAACGCUAUGGAAGUCAUGUACGUGUGAUUUAUUCAAGUAUAAAGGUCCUGCAUCCACGUGAAGCUACGCUGGUGAAUGUAAUGUGUUUUAUGUACUGUAUCAUGCAUGUACAUACUGUAACAGUGCAGUAAACGACAGUGCAGGAUUACUGUAGCUGGUCUAUGAUGAUAAAGGCUCUGUGGUGUGGUCAAAACGCAGAAUGCGUGACCAUUUUAUAUUUAUAUUUUUUUGAUGUUUGUACAAAUAAACAGGCAUUACAAAGCUGCCGCAAGGUAGAUGAGGAACGACCGACAGUGAAGAGAUUGUACAUGUUUGUUACCAAUAUGAGAAGGCGAGCGGAGACGUGUAAUACUGUAUUUCUGAAAUGCCACAGUCAUGUGUUUCUGAAAUGGCAGAUUUUAUUUUUGAAUACGCGCUAUCCGAGGGCGGAGGUGAGAAAUCAGCUCUGCUGUUGAUGCGAAUGUCCUUUUACUGGUGUAAAUAUUUCCCUGAGUGUUGCCAACUCACCAACGCUCACACUUGUAGAGCGAAGGGUUUUCUGCUGUAAAUAUUUUAAUAAUCACGUUAAAGAGGUUAUAUUUAAUAUGGGACGGAAUCUUUCACGCUGCACAUAUUUAACUGAACUGAUUUGUGAUUGGUCUGUGCGGAGUGUGAGUUCUUAUACUUUUGUCUUGGCUAGCAUCGUGACCAAUAAAGACCCAAGUGAAAGCCA